UAUACAUUCUCGCUAACGAACUCCUAGACCGACCUUGCUCUCCUUCAUCCUCGUCUUCUACGCCCUCAAAGUACAACUCCUCAUGCAAAUCAUCAUAAACCGCAUCGCCGUAAUCGCCGAACGAAGACCUGUAGCCACAAAGCUAAAGAUUGCAACUGCCGUCAUAAUCUCAUGCAUCAAUAUUGCUGUCUUUUGCAGCUUUAUACCAUCACAUAUGAUGCCUCCAGUCAAUCAGACUUUUGUCAAUAUCAAUAGGCAUUGGGAUAGGCUGUCGAAAGUGUUGAUUAUGCUACUUUAUGUAUGUUGUGAGGGCGAGGUUGGUCGAGUAUCAUGGUUUGAGGAAGUAUAAGCCAUUGGUUGGGUAUUAUACGAGAUUGGGUCUGGUGUCGGUAGCUAUGGAUGUAUGCUUGCCCUGUCAUGCCGUAUUGAGGACUCAUUCACUAAUAGCUGCAUAGGUCAUGCUUAUCGGACUCAUGUCCUUGAGAAACCAUACUCUGUUUGUGCAGU